GUCGUUGAAAAUUCCGGGCGGCACUGAACGCAUCGCCAGACUGUACUGCAUACGCGCCGUGGCGGAGAACGAAGAUGGCGGAGAAUAAUGUCGAAGCGGAGCACGAAUGGAGCGACUGGGCCCUGGAUUCGGCCGAAGACACUUUGAUAGCAAUGGAAACCCUCCUUGCCACGCUGAGGGCUUUCGAAGACGUCCUCAGGCAGCAAUCGGUUUCCGUGGCAUCCUCGACGGAGUACUGCGACAACUUCUGCCAGGCGCUGAUGCACUAUGCCGGCAGCAGGAACUCCAUGGAGCACGGUCUGCCGCUUCUGGAGGUCUACUGCCUGUCCAUUAACUGUUUCGCCGCAGCGCGAUCUCACCUCACUGCCGAGUCCGACAGAGUGGCCCUCGUUUUAAAGAGACUAGCUUUGAGCUGUUUUGAACUUUUGCUGUCAGUGCCUGAGAAUGAAAUCCCAUUUGAAGCCUGGGUUCAGUUCAACCAAUCUGUGCAGAUUGCCCAUGACAACUUACUGCAGUAUGGAAGCACAGACCUCCAAGCUUUGCUGCAGAUCACAGGAGAAGGCGGCGCGUGGAGCAACCCCAUCCUCACUGCUCUCCUCACCGGCCAGGCCACCAACCCAGACGAAGUUGAAUCUUACAUAAUCUUGGAGGGCGAGGGCUUCAUGGAGAUGCGGGUUAAACAUCUGGAGAAGAUGGGUGAGGUGGCAAAAGCGGUCGUGUUGGCCAAAGCCUGCAGCGAAUGCAGCUUCAUUCCUAACCAGGCGAUGUUUCGCCAAACGUUCGUCUCCCUUCUCUGUCACCUGCUGCCCAACGAGGAGGCGAUAAUAGAGAUAUCCAGACUGGACUGUAAAGAUGUUCUGGAGAUCACGUGUAAUUUGGAGAUGGAAGGAGAAGAGAAUACGGCCUUCAUCCUGUGCACAACCUUCCUAACUCAGCAGCUUCAGCAGCAGAAUCUCUACUGCUCCUGGGAGUUGACUCUGCUGUGGAGUAAGCUGCAGAGGAGACUUGACCCUUCGUUGGUGUCUCUUUUGGAACGAUGCCUUCAGCUCGGUGCCAUUGCCAAAACAGUUCAACACUUGCUUUACCUGGUUCGUGUUAUUCAGACGGAGGCAGAAGAACUGGGAACACCUGCUUCAGUUGAACUUUGUGUCAAAGCCCUACAACUCCCAAAGCAGGAGGAUUCUGAAACCAGAAUAUCUGUCUGCAAGACAAUAUGUUGUCUCCUUCGGAACGAUCUUGAAGUGUUGCGUGCCUGCCAGCUCACCGAGCUGCUGCUUGGCUCCAGCCAGGAAGCCUUCACUUGUCUCGAAGAACUCUACCUACGGCCCGACCAAAAGUACGACCAAGAGAACGAGGUUAUUCCCAACUCACUACGCUGCGAGUUGCUCCUUGCACUAAAAGCAUACUGGCCUUUUGACCCUGAGUUUUGGGACUGGAAAACUCUGAAGUAUCACUGCAACUCCCUGCUGGGGCUGAAUCCCGAGUCAGAAGGAGAACAGGAAAAGGCUAAAAAACUUGAGGUUCAAAGGAGAGUUGAGGCUGACCUCCACAGCAGGAUAAACGGAGGACUUGGAGGUCAUCAAGACAAAAAAGAGUCCCGCCCAGAAACCAUCGAGGUGAAAAGGGAAAAGUUUUGCUGUAAGAUUUGUAAGAGGUCAUUCACAGACACUCAGAUCGUUCACCACUCCAAAAGACACGCCCAGGAAAACAACCACCUUUGUCCUGUUUGUCUGGAAAAGUUCAAAAGCAGGAAAGAUCUCGUCCCCCACAUGAAAAAACACAUUGGGAAAUCCAUUCAAUCAGGGAACAAAGUAAAAGAGGAGGAGGACGCGGAACCUGGCGAGAUCACUUUAGAUCCAUCUUUAGUGCUCUACUACAACUCCACUCGCGAUCCGGAUCUGCUGCAACACAUCGUCCAGCAGACCAAAACCUCCAAAGAGAAGAGUCCGGACGAUGACGAGCACGUAACGUUCGAAUACAUCGACCAGCACUUCAAACUGCAGAACCGGGACGAGUAUCCGUGCCCGGGAACCAAGUGCAAGCGGGUUUUCAAGCAUGCCAAGUAUCUGUACGUCCACUUGAAGUCGGAUCACAAAAGCGACGAGAACGUAAAGUUCUUCCACCAGAUGAGAGACAAGCGAGAAAAGUGCACGUUUUGUCGGCGGCAUUUCAUCUCGGCCUACCACCAUCGCAAGCACAGACAGGCCCACUACGGGGAUCAGCCGUAUAUGUGUGUGGUGGUCGGCUGCGGUGCAAAGUUUAGCACGUCCAACGAACUGGUCGCACACAAGCAGAUCCACGGCUAUCAGCUGAGCUACCAGUGCGAGCUUAAAGGCUGCUACGUCACCUACUCCGACCUGGGGCAACUGUAUCACCACGAAGCGCAGCAUUUCCGAGAUGCAGCGUUUACCUGCUGUAGCACCGAAUGUAAGAAAUACUUCCUAUCCAAAAAGGAAUUUGUGAAGCAUUUAUCGACACACAAGAUAACUUUCACACAAGACGACUUCGAGGCCCAGAAGAAGGCAAAGCGAAAACUUUUUAAGGUCGUCGUCGAGCCCCCAGCGGGUGUCAACCAGCUGAGAGAACCGGACGGCGUCAACGGAGAAGUCCUGAACCCACCGUCAGUGAGUUGUUCCUCCUCUGUUGAAGAUUUCCCCAACAAGGAGCCCAAAGCCACAAUGACCCUCGUCGCUGUGUGCUUCGACGGCAGCAAGUUUACCUGCGGCUUUGAAAAGUGCGGCAUGACUUUUUCAAGAGCCAGAGACGUCCAGAGACACUUGAAAUGUGCACACCCGGAGCACCUGAAGCUGGAGAACCGAGAGUACAAGCAUGAUAAAGAGCAGGGCUCCAAAGGGAUGGAUGUGGCGGCAGACGGUGAAGAAAUGGAUGAGCACUCAUCUCCAUUCAAAUCCGUUGAAACAGACGAGAAGCCUUUCAUCCCCUCCAAAAGCAACGAAACGAGCUAUUUGAGCCGCAAUGCCAAAAACGACGGACUCAAAGAAAUUCUUCUUGGGUUGAGUAGGUUAAGUUUGAACCCUGUGCCUCUAAGCUCGCCAAAUGAGCUUCCUCAGUCUAGCCAAGACACAUCUUUAAAGUUUAUCCAUAGGGCAAAGCAUCCGUUCAUGUUGCUCAACGAAAAGUCCGACGAGCAAACAGUAGUAGACAAAUGCACAGAGUUGCUAGUUUGCGCAAAGCCGUACGUCUGCGAGUACGAAGGGUGUGGCUUCAGAACUGCCAAGAGUUACAGCUUGCUGCGCCACUGCAUCUCCAAACAUGGCUGCACCCUCGACGAAGCCCGAACAAUGACCUCUUUCAAAACCACCUCGUUCAAACCCUACGCCUGCCAACUCUGCUCCAAGAGCCACCGAGAAAAACACGUACUCAGGGCUCAUUACAUUCAAGCCCACAAAAUGAGCGGGGCGUUGGUAGAUAAAAUAUUCUGUGGGACGCUGCAGCUAGAGCAAGACAAAAAGUCUCAACUCUUGACCAACUACGAUCCAAAAGGGAUAAAGAAAGAGAGCAGCAAGCUGGAAAUCAAGCAGGAGUCGAGCAGUCUGAUUAGUGAGAACGGACAAAACUCUGACGGUAACUCUCCAUCUGAAGGGGAAGAUGAAGCUGGGAGGAAAGAGGAGGAGCAGAAAGACGAGAACAAAAGCACACAGCAGGUCCGAACCAGACGUUUAGUAGCCAAAAGUAACCUGUGCUACAUCCUGGAUAAAUUCAGCAAGCCCUUCCAUUGCGUGGCCAAAAACUGUGAUGCGGCGUUCUCCACUCAGGGCGGCCUGGUGCGCCACCUACAGUUCAUACACCACUACAACCGCUCUCAACUCCUGUUGGACAAAGACUCCGACGCGCAGGGCCCCGAGGUCCGAAAGGAGCCACCGAGGAAAAAAUCCCAGCCGAACCCGGAUGAUCCUCAGCCCCAGUUCAAAUGUCACUUCGCUAACUGUCACGCCGUCUACCACCUCAAAAGCAGCUUGGUGCGCCACACGCGGGAUUACCACUCGCAGCCUCCUGAGCUCAUCAGAUGCAAGCAGGAGGGCUGCUCGAGAGUCUUCAGUCAUAGCAGUGCUCUGAAGAAGCAUACGCUUUACAGUCACUGUGAAUACUACGAUUCUCUGGUGGUGCGACUUCAGAGCACUCACAAAAAGUCCAUCACCGGAUGCCAAAAUAAGCUGGCGAUGUCACAGGAGGGUCAGCAGGGAGCAGACGCCGGUUCAGCAGAUGAAACUUCAAACCCGGAAGGAAGGGAUCAGUCUGACGAGAACAGUUCGCAAAAGAAAAAAGAGUCGGGGGUAAGGAGGUCGAGAAAAGUUUGUGUCAGCAAUUUUUUGUUAAGAUCCCACGAAGAAGCACUACAGAUGUGUCGGGACCGCUGCUUACGCAUGUCCUACCCCUGUAUGGUCCAGGGCUGCGACUCUGUGGUGACGUACCUGCACAGCAUGCACCGCCACUACAUGAGAGUGCACCGUUUGGGCCGGGAAGAACUUCUCAAAAACGCAGGCAGCCUGGUGUUUAGUGGUGAGAAGCUCGAAGAGCUGAUCCGGAGGAAGUCGGCUGAGCCAGCUGCAACAGAAGCAGAGAGCCCAGACAAGGUGCAAGAAGAAGAGAAUCGAGAAGAGUCAGAAAUCCCUGAGGAGAAACCAGAGUCCGCAGAGCUGCCAUCGGUCCCAGCUGAGACACAGGACGGGGAAUCAUCGGAAAUCCCCGAUGAGCAGCCAGAACCAUCAGAGCUGCCGUCAGUCUCAGCUGAGACACAGGAUGGGGAAUCAUCGGAAAUCCCAGAUGAGCAGCCAGAACCAUCAGAGCUGCCAUCAGUCUCAGCUGAGACACAGAAUGGGGAAUCAUCGGAAAUCCCCGAUGAGCAGCCAGAACCAUCAGAGCUGCCGUCGGUCCCAGCUGAGACCCAGGACGGGGACUCCUCAGACCCUCCGAUAACCACAAAGGAGGAGGAGGAGCCGCCACCUGUUGAGGCAAAUGAAGUCCUUGAAGGUUCAAACGAGGUACUUGAAGAUGAAGCAAGCACAGAUGAAAACCUUGAGGAAUUACCAGCAGCACUACAGAGCUCUCCCAAACUCGAGGAGAGAUUAAGCUUAGAUCAAAUCAGGCCUCUUCUGCGGACCGUCACAGUUGACCUCUCACCUCCGUAUUCACUACGCUUGACUCCCGAGGAGAGCUCGCAGGAUGCACCAGAACAAAUGGAAGAUUGUAAAAUGCUGAACGGGUCGGCCCCGCCGAGCCCCCCUCCUGUCCGCCUGCCUCUAAAGCGCAAAAAUGAAAUCUCCGAACAGCCCUCGAACGUGACGGACAGCCCCCAACCGGGCAAUCCUCAGCACUCAUUUGACAUCACUGCCUACAAGCCCAUCGGCUUCGAGUCCUCCUUUUUGAAGUUCAUCCAAGAAACCGCCCCGAAAGACGAAGAGGUCCUCGUGAAGCGGCGAGACACGUUCAAACGCAGCUGCUCGGUCAAAGAGAACCACCACCUGGGAAUCUCUCACACCCGCAGCAGGCGGACUCAUUCCCCACUGCUGAAGUCCAGCAGCACCGCUGGAGACUUCACAUCCAUCCAAAACUUGAAGUCCAUCUUGGACAAAGCACUAGCUGGGUGUGGGGACCUGGCCAUCAAGCAGCUUCAGUUUCUCAGACCAGUGGUGGUCCUGGGGAGACCUGUGUGCACCACCCUGCCUGACCUCUUCCCAUCAGACACCAACAACAGCAAACUGCUUCUCGGCAGUUAGCUUCAUUUUGACUUUGCUUCUGGCAGAUUACUUAGUAUCUUCAUAAGAUAUGUAUCAGUAUUUUUGUUUGAUUCACAAUUUAAUAUGUAUUUUUCUUUUGUAAGGUGCCAAAUUAAAGUUUUGUAAACCAUUAGCUAAAGGCAGAUACGAUCCAGUGUGACUGCAUUUCAGACUUCAGUCCGAACCCACUUGACAUUUCAACUCAUCACCACAAGUGUAAAUAUUGUAGUGCUCCAAGGUAAAUGUACAGCUCUCCAGAUUGUUAGAAAUGGUCAGUAGCGCAAUGCAAAUGCCUUUUCACUUUGGUGAAAAUGUGACUUAAAAUAUUUCUCGACUGCACUGUCCUCAAGGUUCAUGUUUGGAUCUUUUAUCUUCAUCCCGGUUUAUAUAAAAUCAGUGUUUGGAUGCAGUGGUCAGACAGUGGGACCCAUGUAUGUAACACUUUCUAAUAAAGUAAGUGAAAAAUUUGA